AUGGUAGAGAGGAUCACACCAGCGGUCAUCAAGCAGGACACAAAAUUUCGAAAGCCUCUUCCAGUUGGACUCAAAUUAGCUGUGACACUGAGGUUCCUGGCAACCGGCAACUCGUACACCAGCCUUGGCUUCAGUUUCCGCACUUCUACGAGUGCCAUCUCCCUGUUUGUACCUCUCGUCUGCCAAGCCUUGAUAGACGCAUACAAGCCUGAGGUCAUGAGGUGCCCCACAACACCUGAGGAGUGGAAUGAGGUUGCCCCCCAAUUUAGCACAAGAUGGAACUAUCAUAAUUGUGGAGGCGCGCUGGAUGGUAAGCACGUUGGCAUCAGGAAGCCAGACAACGCCGGUUCCCAGUACUUCAACUACAAGAAGUUCCACAGCGUGAUACUCCUGGCCCUUGCUGAUGCCCAGUACAGAUUCCUGUAUGUUGACGUAGGCGCUGAGGGUGGAGCUGGUGAUGCUGGGACUUGGUCUAGAUGCAACCUUCUCAUUGCCAUCGAGAAGAGUAGAAUUGGAUUUCCGCGAGGCAACAAGCUUCCCAACGACAACAUCCAAGUCCCGUUCCACAUCAUUGGAGACGACGCCUUUUCCCUCAAGACGUGGCUGAUGAAACCCUUCGCACACCUGUCCCAGGUUCACCAUGAGAGAGUAUUCAACUACCGGUUGUCCCGUGCUCGUCGUGUGGUGGAGAAUGCCUUCGGCCUCCUGCAGAUGAGGUGGAGAAUUUUCGGGACAACCAUUAAUCUGCGACCCACAGUUGUCCGCGUCAUCACCCUCUGUGCAUGUGUUCUGCACAAUCUAAUACUCCAACACCAACCACCCGUACUUCACCACAUCGACCGGGAAGAUCAGAACUACAACUUGGUCCCGGGGUCAUGGAAAGAACAGGAAAACCUCAUGCAACGACUCAUCGCGGAGCAGGGCAAGAACCCAUCAAGAGAAGCUAAGGGCCUACGAAACUACCUCGCCCACUACUACUCUUCUGAAGCUGGAUCUGUGCCAUGGCAGGAACGACAGAUUUAUCCGAGAGGGAGACCAGCACAUGUAUAA